GUUUAUUACGAUUUUGUAUGAAAACUGUACAUAUUUUAUAAAAGGGCAUUGAAAAUGUCCGUACCUUCAGUGAAACCCAAGGGUCCUAUAAUAGAUCCAGCUCUUUGUCGAUGUUGUGGGUCGAUAAAAAAAUGUCGCCUUUUAACUGUUGAAUACGACUGGCAGGGAAACAAGGAGAUAUAUUCUGAAAUGUUUAUGGACGUAUUUGGUCUUCUUCUAUCAAGAUUAGACGGUGAGACUAAGGAUGCAUGUAUAUGUGCCACUUGUGUUUCAAGGCUUCGGGAUGCGUCUGUUUUUAGACAACAGGUUUUAAGAGCUGAGGAAUUAUUUUUAAAAUCACGUUUAGAAAGCAAAGGUGAUAACAUUAACAUAGAGGUUAAAAUAGAACCCGACUUCCAUUCUGAUAUGGGAGAUCAUGAUGAUUGUGAUGACGAUGAAGAAAUUGUGACUAAAAAAGUUAAAGUCGAAAAAGCUGCUCCUAAAAUAGUGCUCACAAGAAGUGGAAAAAGAAAAGAGAAAAGUAAAUCAACGGGCAAAUCACGUCAUCAAAUUAGAACAAUUGUUAUUGAAAGGCCAGAUCCAUCAAAACCAAAAAGAUUACCGCCACAUAUGCGGAUCACAGACGACGAGAUGGUGCAUCUGAACACAAAAACUAUAAUCGAAAAUUCGUACGUCUGUCCGUUCCGCAACCGAAUCAGCUUCUACUACUGCUACUACUGCCGCGACCAGUUCACCAACCCCGCCGAGCUGCGGGAGCACACUCUCACCCACAAUCCCAAGAAAAUGUUCGAAAUGGAGAACAAAAAGAUACCGAAAGUCGACGUGACGAGAGUGGACUGCCGGCUGUGCGACGACAAGAUCGACGACGUGGAAACGCUGAAGACGCACCUCAGAGACACGCACAAGAAGAAAGUGUACGACGUCAAAAACGAGUUCCUGAAGUUUCGGCUGACCCUGAACAAUCUGACGUGCACGGAGUGCGGGAGCGUGUUCCCGUUCUUCGACUCGCUGCAGAAGCACAUGAUCGACCACUUCGGCACGUACACGUGCGACGUGUGCGGCUCGUGCUUCCUCGAGCCGACCUCCCUGCGCUCCCACAUCAAGACGCACAACAAGGUCGACGCCAACUUCCCCUGCGAGAUCUGCGGGAAAAACCUCAAGUCCAAGUACAGCAUGGGGCUGCACGUGCGCACCGUGCACGAGAAGAAGCCGACGGUCAACUGCUACAAGUGCGAGGCGGCGUUCCUGUCGUACGCGCAGCGGAACCGCCACCUGAUAGAGGCGCACGGCGACCAGCGGACGUUCCCGUGCGAGAUGUGCGACAAGGUGUACAACAGGCGGAAGACGCUGAUGGAGCACAUGCGGCGGUCGCACCUCAAGGUGUACAAGCACCAGUGCGACCUGUGCGACCAGAAGUUCUACCUGCCGUCGCGGCUGAAGGAGCACAUGGCGACGCACACGGGCGAGCGGAACUUCCGGUGCGAGCUGUGCGAUAAGUGCUACCCGCGCCUGCAGUCGCUGCAGGAGCACAAGCGCACGCACGCCACGGAGCGCCGCUUCGAGUGCGACGUCUGCAACAUGGCCUUCGCGCAAAUCGUCAGCCUCAAGACUCAUAUGAAAACACACAACCAGUUCGAAAUGCCGAGCUAUUAAUUUUAAGCGUAAGUUAGGAUGUAAUUUAUUCGUUCGUAAUUUAUUCUCGGUUUCGUAGUGACUGUGUAUAUUUAUAAAAUCCAUUACGAGUAGUAAAAUUUUAUAAAAUUGUA